AUGAGCGUUACUGAAGGUUAUAGAAGUGUUUUAAGUGCUACUAAAACGUUGUCGGUAACUUCGCGGAUAAUGAGCACUGAUGCAGCUGCAGAGACUGUGAUAGAAAUACUCAAAGGCGGCAAUUCUCAGUUCUCGUUAACAAAUAGCGAUAUCCUAUGGGGUACUCUUACUACACUAAAACACUUAUUAUAUGGGGUGGUAAAUUUUAUAUGGCUAACCAUAUCAACUUUCAUAUUAAGACCUGCUACAAUUUUAAAACGAUCGGUGUUAAAACUUUCUCUACUUCCAUUAAAUGCGGUUCUAGGUGUUUUACUUCAUACGUCCGUUGAAGAACUGGUGUCUACGACGGAUAUUAAUGGUGUAAUAGCUAUUAUACGGCUGGUAUUUCAGUACGCAAUAACUACAGCUGCUGUUGGAUCAAUGCUGGGGCUAUGUUUAGGAAUAAUGAUUGGAUUUUUACACCGUACAGUGAGGAUACCUGUGCUAUACAUAUCGGUAAUGCCGAAAUACAUGCAAGUUUUAACAACAACUGCUAGUUAUAUUAGAGACUUAUUCUCAGACCUAUUAGAUUUAAGUGUGAGGAAUAUACCAGUUAUGACCAAUGGCGAUUCUCCAGAUGAAGACAAUUUGUUUGCGGAUCUGUUAGAAACUUAUGAACAUGAAUACAGACGUGUAGGAGAAGCAGAAAAGGAUUUCAGUAAUAACGAUUCACCUAUUAGCAUACAAGGAAACGAUACCCACUUAUCCGAUUUAUCAGCUUUGAGCAACCUAUUCGAUAGUGUGCCGGAGACUGGAACUGUCAGGACGGAUUUAGGAGAUCUACGGAGUACAAUAGAUCGGAAAGGUAAAAGCUAUAGCAGUGCAUACAGUGAUAAUUUUGAUAUUAAAGAGUUGCAUCAUCGCAAGUAA